GCGUCCUCCAAACAACCUGAUCAGAACACCGUCGUUGGUGCUUCGUACUCUCACGCCAAUAUUCUAAAGUCAGUAGGCAUAUCGCCGCAACAUGUGCGCUCGCGAACACCACCGCUGCCAUCAUCUACCAACCCUCAACAUGUCUCCUUGUCGCCCCGUCGCUCGGGCGGGUGGUCCUCAUCCCCUCGUACUUCGUAUUCCAGUAUCAUGAAUCGUGGCAUGGAAGCCUGGGGUGGUGAUCAGUUGAGAGAAAACGAUGAGGAUGAUGAUCAAGAAGAGGACAUCACCUACGACGAUGACGAGGAUGAAUUCGGGCUUCCCAGUAUCACCAGCAUGCGAAAAAAGCAAUCCCAGAGCACCGAUACUUGUCAGCCCAAGUCUGUUGACCCGGGCGGAGGACUUGCUAGCAAUGCCUCGACCCUUGGUGUUGGUCUGGGAAACAAUCGGCAACGCGCGGAUAGUUCAGAUAUUGCCGAGGAACGGGGUGUCCCUAUGUACCCUGCAGCUAAGAAAGGAGAGGGCAAGAUUUUGCGACCACAAUACAAAGAAAUUUUGCAAGACCCAGCCAACGCCCUCAACCUCAUAAACCAUGUACCGCCUCCUAGAAAUGCAUCGCCUAAAGAUAUGGAUAUGCAUUCAAGCCGCAUUUCAAGAAUCAACAAAUUCAAACGUCUCCUACAAACAAGCACCGUUCCUCUGCUAGAACUGAGAAACCUAGCUUGGUCGGGCGUUCCAGAUGAAGUACGAGCAAUGACCUGGCAAUUGCUCCUGGGAUACCUCCCCACAAAUAGCGAAAGGCGCAUCCCAACUCUUGAAAGAAAGCGCAAAGAAUAUUUGGACGGGGUUCGACAAGCCUUUGAGCGCAGUACUGCCACGAAUUCUGAAAACCCACCCUCGUCGGUCGCAGGGCGUGGUAGAGGCCUGGAUGAAGCAAUAUGGCAUCAGAUCAGCAUCGACGUUCCUCGCACUAGCCCUCAUAUUCAACUCUAUAGUUAUGAGGCUACUCAACGGUCAUUGGAAAAGAUACUGUACGUCUGGGCUAUUCGACAUCCUGCUAGCGGCUACGUGCAAGGUAUUAAUGACCUUGUAACACCCUUCUGGCAAGUAUUUCUGGGCACUUAUGUAACAGACCUUAAUGUCGAGGAAGGUAUGGAUCCUGGCCAACUACCCAGAAGUGUGCUUGAUGCCGUGGAAGCGGAUACAUUCUGGUGUCUUACAAAGUUGCUUGAUGGUAUUCAGGAUAAUUAUAUUUAUGCUCAACCGGGUAUUCACAGACAGGUCAGGGCCCUACGCGACUUGACCAUGCGCAUUGAUUCUACGCUUGCCAAACACCUGGAGCAAGAGGGGGUCGAAUUCAUGCAAUUCAGCUUUCGGUGGAUGAACUGUCUCCUCAUGCGGGAGAUGAGCGUGCAGAAUACCAUACGGAUGUGGGACACGUACAUGGCGGAGGAACAAGGUUUCUCGCGUUUCCACUUGUAUGUCUGUGCAGCUUUCCUCGUGAAAUGGUCGGACCAGUUGAUCAAGAUGGAUUUCCAGGAGACAAUGAUGUUUUUGCAAGCACUUCCCACAAAGGAUUGGACGGAUAAGGACAUUGAGCUCCUGCUAAGCGAAGCCUUCAUCUGGCAAAGCCUUUUUCAGGACUCUCGGGCUCAUCUUCGACCGGCUGGAGACCGAUCCCCGGAGAAUGGCUUACAGUGACGACAGUCAUAAUUCAUUAAUAGGACUCGUCUCAGUAAUCUUCGGCC